GACCAAAACCCCGCAGACAGAACAUAUGUAACUUGCAAGUCACAAACACCAGAACCUCAAACAACAAUGGAGAGCGGAUGCCUAACCUUCACAACCCCAGCAGCAGUUCCUUCUCUAAUUCCUUCUAGAAGCUUCUGUUCCACCAAGCUCCAGCUCAGCAAUCUUGCUGCUCAUCAUAGUUGUAGCAGUGGUCUCGAAAGACGAGCAAGAAAAACAACAAAGCCCCUUUUGAAUUACUCAAGAAACAGUAGAGCUGCAAGCGCGACACUUUCGGAGAAUUGGGAUGUGUGUAAUGAAUCUUCUGCUUCUUGGAUGCCGAGAUUCGAGGAGCUCGAUACCACCAAUAUGCUUCUUCGCCAGCGCAUCAUUUUCUUGGGCUCUCAGGUAGAUGAUGUGUCGGCGGAUUACAUUAUAAGUCAGCUGUUGUUUCUUGAUGCCGAAGAUCAAAAGAAGGACAUCAAAUUGUUCAUUAAUUCGCCUGGUGGUUCUGUUACAGCCGGAAUGGGGAUAUACGAUGCUAUGAAGUUAUGCAAGGCAGAUGUUUCUACCAUCUGCCUGGGCCUCGCAGCAUCUAUGGGUGCAUUUCUCCUUGCUUCUGGUACUAAAGGGAAACGGUAUUGCAUGCCAAAUGCUAGGGUGAUGAUUCAUCAACCACUUGGAACUUCUGGAGGAAAGGCAUCAGAAAUGAGCAUCAGAAUAAGGGAAAUGGCGUACCAUAAGGUUAAGCUGAACAAAAUAUUAUCAAGAGUUACUGGAAAGCCUGAAUCACAGGUUGAAGUGGAUACAGAUCGUGACAAUUUUAUGAACCCGUGGGAAGCAGUGGAGUAUGGGUUGGUGGAUGCAGUUAUCGAUGAUGGGAAGCCAGGAUUAGUUGCACCUAUAGGGGAUUCAUUGGCUCCACCUAAAACCCGCGUGUGGGAUAUGUGGAAGGUCGAGGGAACAAAAAAAUCCAAGAAUAAUCUACCGUCAGAAGAAAGAAUACUGCAAAAUGGACAUGCAAGCAGUCAAGGGAAUGAUGAAAAAGGCACUGAACAGGAAGCAGAAGCACCUGCUCCUGUAUGAGGUGCCAGGUGAUGUUUAGUUUUGUAACACACUUACCAGUUAGUGCAGUUACUGUGGAAUGUCCAAACAGAUAUCCCCGGUCAACACAAAAAGGGUUCAUAAUUGAUGAUGCCAUCCAGUGGAUAUAUACGAUUUUCAAGAUUCCAAAAAUUCCUAUUUUUCACGAGGGAAUGCUCUCUGAUAAAUUAGUAUGAUGCCUGUUUCAAGAUACAGUCAUUUUGUGGAAAAUGAAUAUGAUUUUUAGUGUUUUUACACUUUCUUAUA